ACUUCAGACUAUAUAUUUUGCUCUUCACUUCGGCAGUCACAUAUCUCCCUACAUAAGUAUACACGCAUCUCUAAUAUAUCAACCAAGAAGGAAAUCAUGGAUGGCGUUUUGUUCUACACAUCUCUGUCCCUCAUCUUCAUCCUCUCAAUCACUUUCAAAUACUUUUUUCGAACAAAACAACACCGCCACACGAACCUCCCACCAAGCCCACCUUCUCUUCCAGUUCUUGGCCAUCUCCAUCUCCUAAGCCCCUCACUUCAUCGAACCUUCCACCAACUCUCACAGAAGUAUGGCCCCGUUGUUUCCCUCUGGUUUGGCUCACGUCGCGUGGUUGUAGUGUCUUCAUCCUCAACAGCUCAAGAAUGUUUCACCCAAAACGAUCUUGUUCUGGCAAACCGUCCUCGCUUCAUGCUCACAGGCAAGCACCUAGGCUACAACUACACCACCGUAGUGGAGUCUCCUUAUGGCGAUCACUGGCGCAACCUACGCCGCAUUGGAACCACAGAGAUCUACUCUACCAGUAGGCUCAACAUUUUUUCAGGCAUCAGAAAGGAUGAGGUCAAGAAAUUGCUGUUCAAACUUUCACGCAGCUCACGUGAAGAUUUUGCAAAGGUGGACUUGAGAUCCAUGCUCUCUGAGAUGACCUUCAACAUCAUAAUGACAAUGGUGGCAGGGAAGAGGUUUUACGGGGACGAUGUUUCGGACAAAGAUGAGUCCAAACAGUUCAGAGAUAUCAUGAGGGAGGCUUUCACAUAUGGUGGCGUAACAAACCCCUCAGACUUUCUGCCUGCUUUGAAAUGGUUUGGGAGUGGCGCCGGGUUUGAGAAGAAGGUGAUGGACUUGAGUAAGAGGAUGAAUGCGUUCUUGCAAGGUUUGAUCGAUGAGCAGCAGCUGAGUAAAACUACAUCAGGUCAGAGUGAAGCAAGUACGAUGAUCCACCAUUUACUUUCUCUGCAAGAAUCAGAGCCGGAAUACUACACCGACCAAAUUAUCAAAGGGCAUAUACUGGUCAUGCUUUUGGCGGGUACUGAUUCGUCAUCCUUGACACUGGAAUGGGCCAUGUCCAAUCUGCUCAACCAUCCUGAGGUGCUAAAAAGGGCUAGAGCUGAACUGGAUGCUAAAUUUGGACAAGAACGCUUAAUAGAUGAACCAGAUAUCUUCGAAUUACCUUACCUACAAGGUAUCAUCUCUGAGACUCUCCGCUUGUACCCUACAGCACCACUACUAGUACCACAUUAUACAUCUGAUGACUGCACCAUUGGAGGAUUCGACGUGCCAUGUGAUACGAUAGUAAUGAUCAACGCGUGGGCCAUACACAGAGAUCCAACAUUGUGGGAUGAUCCUGAGAGCUUCAAGCCUGAGAGGUUUGCAAAUGGUGGAGAAGAGCCAUACAAGCUCAUGCCAUUUGGACAAGGAAGAAGGGCUUGCCCUGGUAUGGGCUUGGCCCAACGUGUGGUUGGCUUAACUUUGGGAUCAUUGAUUCAAUGUUUCGAGUGGGAAAAAGUCAGUGAGAUGAAGGUUGAUAUGAGUGAAGGUAAAGGACUCACAAUGCCUAAAGCUGUGCCACUGGAGGCUAUGUGCAAAGCCCGGCCAAUUGUGAACAAGGUUCUGUCUUAGAUGAAAAUGCAGGGCAAGAGUACUGUAAAUUAAAAGAUAUGUCAUUCUUCCUUGUGCCAAGUCUUGUAAUAUAUCAAAACAUUGAAAUAAU